AUGAGCGAGAGUAGAGGACGUGUGUGUGUGUGUGAGGACACAGUGGAAUACGUCGUCAGCUAUGAGACGGUGAUUCAGACUGAAGUGCACUACGCGCGUCCCGUCAUCAUCCUCGGGCCGAGCAAGGACCGCGUCAAUGACGAUCUGCUCUCCGAGUUCCCCGACAAGUUCGGCUCCUGCGUCCCACACACGACGCGGCCCAAGCGCGAGUACGAGGUGGACGGCCGCGACUAUCACUUCGUGUCGUCACGUGAGCAGAUGGAGAAGGACAUUCAGAGCCACCGGUUCAUCGAGGCCGGACAGUACAACAACCACCUGUACGGCACCAGCGUCCAGAGCGUCAGACAGGUGGCAGAACCAGGUGAGGGGACGGACACACGGACAGACCGACGGAUGAACAGACACUCACGUGUGUGUGUGUGUGUGGUGUGUGUGUGUGUUUCAGCAGGGGAAACACUGUAUCCUGGAUGUUUCAGCGAAUGCAGUGAGGAGGUUACAGGCCGCCCAACUACACCCCAUCGCCAUCUUUAUACGACCCUCAUCCCUGCAGAACAUACUAGACAUUAACAAGCGUCUGACGGAGGAACGG